GAUCACGAACUCCUAGGAGAAACACCGGCCGUUCACCACAGAGCGAAUUUCUCUCUGGUGGGGCGUUUUUGUUUCGGAUUAAUUUUUCUGGACACUCUUCAUAGUGUUUCGUUUGAGCAUCGUGUGUGCUUAGUGACAGUUCCACCGGAUUGUAUCACUACUCGCAGCAAGCAAAAUAGUUUUGACAACAUCAGCACCUUGCCAGUGCGCUACUCCGAGAAGGGAUAUUCAUGUGGUGUGCUCAUGAGGAUUUAAAUCUUCGACAUCGUACCUGAAACCGUGUGCCAACAUUACCCGUCGGAAACAAUCGAUUAUUCGUCGAACGACCGCCCGACCGACCGGAUUACAGUCAUGGGAGCGACAGUGGGAAAAGGGAUCGUUGACUCGCUACCCACACAGUCCCUGCACGUUGUGAUGAUCGGUUUGGACUCGGCGGGCAAGACGACAGUUUUGUACCGACUGAAGUUCGACCAGUAUCUGUCCACAGUGCCAACGAUAGGAUUCAAUUGUGAGAAAAUCAAGGCCACGUCGGGGAAAGCCAAAGGCACCUCGUUCCUCAUUUGGGAUGUCGGAGGUCAAGACAAACUCCGCCCGUUGUGGAAGUCGUAUACGCGUUGCACCGACGGCAUCGUUUUCGUUCUCGACUCGGUCGACAGCGAACGAAUCGAAGAGGCGAAAAUCGAGCUGACGCGGAUAUCACGGGAAAAUCCCGGCGUACCAGUGCUGAUCCUCGCCAAUAAACAAGAUCUUCCCGGAGCGAAAGACCCCGCCGAAAUCGAGAAGUGUCUCGGUCUGCAGGAACUCCACGCACUCUAUCACGUGCAGCCGGCAUGCGCGAUAAUCGGCGACGGUCUCGACGAAGGACUCGAGCACCUGUACGAAAUGAUUCUCAAGCGGAAAAAGUUGGCAAAGCAGCAAAAAAAAGCACACAAGGCCAGAUGA